GAGGCAGAUCGAACGAACGCUCAGAACACCUGCGCAUCGACUUUCGGAUUCUGGUUCCUGUUCCUACUGCCGAUACAUCAGUGCGCUUUGAUUUCUUCGAGUUGGAGCCGAAGCCGACCAAGACGGACGAUGUGGGGACCUGUGCUACUGAGUCUCUCAAUCCUUGUGUCUGCAGAUGGAGGCCUCGCCUCUCCCGACACAGGUCCUCCCACUGGCUCACCUCAGUGCUUUUCUAGUUUAUCUCCCAGCAGCAGUUCCGAACUUCUGCUGCUCUGCUCCUGGCCUGGUGGGCACCCUGAGCCAACUUUACUCUGGAAAGAGGAUAAUACUAAACCAGCAGGGUUGAGGCAGCAACUCAAUGUCUCUCGGAGGACUGACAAUCUAGUGGUGACAAUGAACAGCACUGGCCUAUAUGACGGCCAGACCUUCAAGUGUGUGGGGUGGCAUCCUGAAUUGCAGGACACGACAGAGAAAGCUUGUGCUGUGACAUUAAGAGCUCCAUAUCCAGUAGGAUACCCACUGGUCACUGGCUUUGCAAAGCACAACGUGACCCUGAGCUGCAGCGACCAGGUUUCUAACCCACCUGCUAAAAUCACCUGGAUGAGAAAGGAGGAGAUUCGCAACAGCAGCAAGUAUGUCAUCUCCCAGGUUGGCCCAGUCUCCUCACUGACAAUUGUCAACUGCAGCAAAGACACUGAUGAAGGGAUAUACUUUUGUAAAACUGAGAACCCCUUGCUACGAGAAAUGGAAGUGUAUCUCACCAUCAAAAUUUCUGCAUCAAAUUCUGGGGGACUCAUUGCAGCAAUCAUUUCCACAAUUAUUAUUAUUAUUGCAGUUGUCAUCUUUACAGUUUUGUAUCAGAAUCGGCACAGAGUAUUCCUUGGGAACUACUUUGGAAAUGAGGACCACAACGAAGUGCUGGUACUGGUGGACACUGACGACGAAAUCUCCCUCGAUGACAACAAGGAACCAGAAAGGCAAACAUCCCCUGCAAGUGGCAGCAUCAACCUGCAGGAGACAAAGCAGAAAGCAGCUGAAAAAGACCUAGCAGACACCCAAAGAAGCGCCACUUAAAUAUUAUUUGGAAUCUAAGCUGACCAAAAAAAAAAACUACCAUUAUUUCAAAUGUUUCUUGCAUAAAAAUAUGACAGACCAAAAGAAAGGCAAGACCACACAGAUUCACCCAUGCAAUGUUUAAAACAAAAUAAAUGUUUCCUGAAUGUUAAAUUAAACUGAUAAAGUAAUUGUUCCGUCA